UAAUAUCAAUCAAAUUGAAAUAUAUCCCAACAAAAGAACACCAUAAGCAAAUUAGGCAACUAAUUAAGGCAGAUAUUAUCUAGAUUUUUACAUCAAAGGUAAAACAAUAAUUCGAAAUAAUAACAUUGAAAAAAAUAAUAUGAAAUAUAUCGCAACAAAAGAAUACCAUAAGCAAAUUAGACAACCAAUUAAGGCCACAAAGGGAUAUUAUCUAGAUUUUUACAUUAAAGGUUAAACAAUAAUUCCAUGAUAUUAGGAAAUGAUUUAUGAAGAUUUAUUAAGAAAAACAUGUAUUAAGGGAUUUCUUUUUUUAUUUUUGAAAUGGUUGUUAAUAAUAAUGAAUUAGUCAAUAUCUAUAUUCCCCUACUACUAAGAAGAAGUUGUUAAGAUUCCUUUAAAUAUGUAUUUUAUUUUAGACCACUCCAAAAACCAAAUAAAGUUUCUCUCAGGAUGAAGAAAAAAAAUUACUAUCCAAUUUUGAUCAUUUUUGGAUUUCUUCUCUAUUUGCCUCUAUUCUUGAAUGCAACAUCCAUUGGUCAAAAAAAUGGUGAGGAUCAUGAUGAUGAGGUAGAAGAUCAAGUGGAGUUUAGUUAUAAGGAAGGGAGUAAGAAAGGUCCAAGUAAAUGGGGAGAAUUACAUAAAGAAUGGAAAACUUGCAAGAUUGGAAAAAUGCAAUCUCCAAUUGAUAUAUCAAGUUGUGGAAUCAAAAAAAAGAGAAAAUUGGGUCACAAAAAACUAUACAAGCCUUCUAAUUCUACUCUAAGAAAUAGAGGCCAUGAUAUUUCAUUGCAUUGGCAUGGGGAUGCUGGAUCAAUUUUGAUGAAUGGCACAAAGUACCCUCUUCUACAAAUUCAUUGGCAUUCUCCUUCUGAACAUACUAUUAAUGGUAGAAGGUAUGCCUUGGAAUUACAUAUGGUUCAUCAUAACACUGAUGAGAAGUUGGAAAAUAAGAUUGUUGUUAAUGCUGUUCUUUACAAAUUUGGCAGACCAGAUACACUUCUUUUUAUAUUGAGGAGACAUUUACUAUCCAUGGUUGAUCAAGAAGGUGAAGAAAGUAACUUGGGCAUAAUUAAUCCAAGUUAUGUUACUACUAAUUAUGGCAAAAGUUACUAUAAGUACAAAGGUUCACUUACUACCCCUCCAUGCACAGAAGGUGUCACUUGGUUAGUUAACAAGAAGGUACAACCUGUUUCCAAAUCUCAAGUUAAGUUGCUUCGAGAAGCUGUCCAUGAUCAUGCUGUACGUAAUGCAAGGCCUUUGCAACCACGUAACAAGAGAAGGAUCCAUCUUUACUCUAAAGAAUGUGAAUAUCCGUCGUGCCAGCUUUGAAGCUUGACUAAUUUUGAAUUUUACAUUGGGAAGUCUUGCUUAUAACGUAAAGGACUUUCUAACGAAACAGUCGUUCAUAUUCAGAACUCGAAUUACAUCGAGAAGUACUUAUCCCUCUACCUUAAGUAAAAUUUAGUGGUUACAAUUGUUAUAUUACUCUUUUAGAGAUUUGGAAUAUCGAGAUUCAUAUUGCGCA